AUGGACGAGUUACAGAAGCUUGCUGAGAAACAGAAGAUCAAAAUAAAUAACCAGAGAAUGCAUAUUAAUUCCUUGCAAAAAAAGCUGAAGAAAAUAGAGGAAAAGGAUAGAGCUGAUAAAGAAGGGGCGGACCAGUCAAAAGCGAAAAUUGAAGAGCUUACGAAAAUGUUGGAGAGCCGGAUGACAAGAAUAAGGUAUCAAAGCAAGAUGUAUAUUGAGCUCGAGAAGAAACAAAGGGAGACGAUUGAUGAAUUAAAGGAAAAGAAUUCCGAAGUUUUGGAUUUGAAAGAGAAACUCAAAUCUUCCGAAGAGAACUCGAAAAUGAAGACUCAAAUGAUCGACUCUUUGAACGAAAAAAUGAAGGUUCAGCAAGAUUCUGUCGAAAAACUUCAAAAGCAGAAAGAAGAAGAAGCCUCCAGAGAUCAACAUUCGAUCAAAAACAAGAAUUCAAUCAUCUCAGGUCUCCGAAGGGCUCUCAAAGAUGAAAAGGAAUCGAAAAAAGUCCUCAAAGAACACCUGGCCCACGUAAAGUCGCUCCUAAGUGAAUCAAAUAAAUGCAAGGUGGAAUCAGAAAAAAAGAUCGAAAAUUUACAGAAUCAGCUGGAGGAGAAUUCAAGAGCUGCAAAGUACAAAGAAACGAUUAUUGAAGCGGAACAUGCGAGCCUGAAGGAAGAGAUGCAGCUUUUGAAACGUCAAAAUGAGGAGAAAUUUUUGGAGAUUAAUAAAACUAAUCAAAGAUUACAUAAGAAAUUUGAUAAUGCCAGAGCGAAGCUGCAGAAAAUGGAGGAAGCGGAGAGAGCAACUGCUCACUUGAAGUACAAGAGAAAAGAGACGGAGAUUGAAGCGGAAAAUGCAAUCUUGAAAAAAGGAGUUCAGAUACUGAAAGAGAAGCAACACGAACAGACUGCCAUUGAAGAAAAUUUGAAAAGGCAACUUUCGGAAAGUCAAAAUGAGAAAAAAACUUUGAAGGCCAAGCUAGCAGAUCAGGAAAAGAAAGAAACUCUGAAGAAGGCCGAGUCGAAAGCGCGAAGAGUUCUCUCCUUCCAAAAGCAAGAGCUCGUCGAACUGAAAAGUCAAGUAGAACAUCAAACUACGGAAAUCGAUGAGCUGAAAUCAAAGGUUCAAGAACUGAAGAUGGAGAAUGAAAAAUUGACUGGCCUCGCUGGAAAAAGCGAAAGAAAGUUGCGCAUGAAGAUUAUGAAGAUUGCGAAGAUUUGUGAAGAAUGA